AUGCCCCUCGAGCUUAAGCAGAAGCAUGAUCAGGUUUACUACAAAUUAUACGGAGUCGGCCAGUCUGCGGCGCGAAAUUUUAAGAAUUUAUUUGGAGAGGAAGGAAGCACGGUGCCUCUUCUGCAUAUUACGAGCUUUAAGGUGUUCCAAGUGACGCUGCAGGAGGUCGUCGACCAGUUGAUCGCGCUACGACGUACAGGAUCUGCCGUGGACGCAUCAAGUCUGUCGCGUUCCCAAGCCACCGAGGUUCAAGAUCAGGGCCAAUUUCACCCAACGGGAGCGCAGUCAAGCAUACACCAGGCACUUAUUAACGCUUUGGACGACGACCGCGAGUUGUUCCGCGUCCACGUGUUCAACAAAAACGGGGAGAGUGUAAGAAUCAUCAAGUCGCAGUUUAGUGUCGUCCAUGAGUCGGACGUGCGAGUCAAUCAGCUAAUUAUGCGGCAGGAGCUGCGUGUCGCGAGCGGAAAAGCAGCACACACCACUAUAAAUCGAGAUUAG